AUGGAUCCUGGGGCAUCUUCCCCCGAGAAGCUGGAUAAAGAGAAUUUAGUGGGCAUCAGCAGUAAACGGCUUGGUGUCUGUGGCUGGAUCCUGUUUUCCCUUUCUGUCCUGUUGAUGAUCAUUACCUUCCCCAUCUCCAUAUGGAUGUGCUUGAAGAUCAUUAAGGAGUAUGAACGUGCUGUUGUAUUCCGACUGGGACGCAUCCAAGCUGACAAAGCCAGAGGGCCAGGCUUGAUCCUGGUCCUGCCCUGCAUCGACGUGUUUGUCAAAGUUGAUCUCCGAACUGUUACCUGCAACAUUCCUCCACAAGAGAUCCUCACCAGAGACUCUGUGACUACCCAAGUGGAUGGAGUCGUCUAUUACAGAAUCCAUAGUGCUGUCUCUGCAGUGGCUAACGUCAACGAUGUCCACCAAGCCACGUUUCUGUUGGCUCAGACGACUCUGAGAAAUGUCUUAGGGACGCAGACCUUGUCCCAAAUCUUAGCUGGCCGAGAGGAGAUUGCCCACAGCAUCCAGACCUUACUUGAUGAUGCCACCGAGCUGUGGGGGAUCCGGGUGGCCCGAGUGGAAAUCAAAGACGUCCGGAUUCCCAUGCAGUUACAGAGAUCCAUGGCAGCUGAGGCAGAGGCGACCCGGGAAGCCAGGGCCAGGGUCCUUGCAGCAGAAGGAGAAAUGAAUGCUUCCAAAUCUCUGAAGUCAGCCUCCCUGGUGCUGGCCGAGUCCCCCAUAGCCCUGCAGCUGCGUUACCUGCAAACCUUAACCACCGUAGCCACAGAGAAGAAUUCCACCAUUGUGUUUCCUCUGCCCAUGAAUAUCCUGGAGGGCAUUGGUGGUGUCAGCUACAACGACCACAAGAAGGUUCCUGACAGAGCCUGA